CGCUACUCUUCUAGCUUCAGCCACCACCUCACUUUCAUUCACUCAUUUACUUACUUCCAAUAUGUCUUCUCCUAAAUCCCCUCGUCUCGUCGAUUCAUUUACUGCUCCUAAGGAAGUUCUUCGAGAGUUUGAAGAACUUGCAGAGGAAGAAAACUAUGAUCCGUUUGCUGAAACCGCGUCGAAACGCCAGAUUGCAUCUCGACAAUCCGACUACCAUGCUCGCAGGUUUAAUCGUCAAGCGAUCGAAAGUGCAGAUGCUUUCAAGGCAGCGGAGGAGGGUACAGAAGUAGAAGGCGGUUAUAAGGAGGCUAUGAGAUUGCAACUCCUUGAGAAGGAAGAACAAAGGGUUAAACGUGUGAUCGAGGACAAGGAGAAACAGGCUAGGGAGGAGGGCAAGGAGAAGAUGGAUUUGGACAAGACACCGCCGCGAGAGGAACUUAGGGAGGCAGCAGAGGAGCUCGCCGCUGCCACUGGAACCAAGCGCAAGCGUCGUUGGGAUAUCGCUGAGCCUACAGAUGAGAACAUCCCGCUCAAAGCUGAAGAGAAGGGCCGAGAAUGGUCGGCCGAGGCGUUGGAAGGUGCUGUUCCCAAGAAACGUCGGUCUCGUUGGGAUGCUACUCCGGCAGACAUAACAGUCGGCGAAACACCCAAACGUUCUCGUUGGGACCAAACACCGGCAAAUCAAGGUGCUGAGACUCCCUUAAUGCCCAUUAUCAUGAACGCACCAGGUUUCAUGCAUGAGGACAAGCACAACCGUUACCUUACGGACGAAGAGCUCGAUGCUAUCCUUCCGAGCAGUGGCUACUCUAUUGUCACUCCACCACCUGGCUAUGCUCCCCUUGUUCGACCUCCUAAACUUUCUGCUACUCCCAUCACCGAAGUUGGUGGUUUCCAAAUCCAAGAAAGCUCAGAUGCUGCAGCUGCAGCUGCCGCCGCCGGUCUGGCACCAGAACUUCCCACUGAAAUUCCUGGAGUUGGCAGUUUGGCUUUCUUCAAGGCCGAGGAUGCUCAAUACUUUGCCAAAAUUUUGAAGGAGGAGGACGAGACAGAAUUGUCGGUGGAUGAGAUGAAGGAACGGAAGAUUAUGCGACUCUUGCUUAAGAUCAAGAACGGUACGCCUCCCGUUCGCAAAACCGCUCUUAGGCAGAUCACCGACAAAGCUCGUGAAUUUGGUGCCGGUCCUUUGUUCGACAAGAUUCUUCCACUGCUCAUGGAGCGCACGCUGGAAGACCAAGAACGUCAUCUUCUCGUCAAGGUCAUUGAUCGAGUGCUCUACAAACUCGAUGAUCUCGUGCGUCCGUAUGUACACAAGAUUCUUGUCGUCAUCGAACCUCUCCUGAUCGACGAAGACUACUACGCUCGUGUCGAAGGUCGAGAAAUUAUCUCGAAUCUGUCCAAGGCUGCCGGUCUGGCGCACAUGAUCUCGACGAUGCGUCCAGAUAUCGACCAUGCCGACGAGUACGUGCGUAACACCACGGCUCGAGCCUUCUCUGUCGUUGCUUCUGCCCUCGGUAUCCCGUCGCUUCUUCCCUUCCUCAAAGCCGUCUGCCGCAGCAAGAAGUCAUGGCAGGCUCGUCACACCGGUAUUCGUAUCGUGCAGCAAAUCGCCAUCAUGAUGGGCUGCGCCGUGCUUCCUCACCUUCGCAACCUUGUCGAAUGCAUUGCUCACGGCUUGCAGGAUGAGCAACAGAAGGUCCGAACCAUGACAGCGCUUGCUUUGGCCGCACUCGCGGAAGCUUCUGCACCUUAUGGUAUCGAGUCUUUCGACAAUGUGUUGAAGCCUCUGUGGGUCGGUAUUCGUCUUCACCGUGGCAAGAGUUUGGCGGCGUUUUUGAAGGCCAUUGGUUUCAUUCUGCCACUUAUGGACCCCGAGUACGUAUCGUACUAUAUCAAAGAAGUGACCAUCAUCCUCAUUCGUGAAUUCCAAACUUCGGACGAGGAGAUGAAGAAGAUUGUGCUCAAGGUCGUGCAACAAUGUGCCGCGACAGAGGGAGUCACGCCUCAGUACAUCAAGCAAGAUAUCCUCCCAGACUUCUUCAAGUCGUUCUGGGUUCGUCGGAUGGCCCUUGAUAGGAGAAAUUAUCGCCAGGUCGUAGAGACUACUGUCGAACUUGCUCAGAAGGCUGGUGUUGCGGAGAUUGUUGGGCGAAUUGUCAAUGACCUCAAAGAUGAGGCAGAGCCUUACCGUAAGAUGGUUAUGGAGACUAUCACGAAGGUUGUCGCAUCCCUCGGCGCAUCUGACAUUGAUGAGCGAUUGGAGGUCAGGUUAGUCGACGGUAUUAUCUACGCCUUCCAAGAGCAGACCACCGAGGAUCAGGUCAUGCUUGACGGGUUCGGGACUGUCGUCAACGCCCUCGGUAUCCGUGUCAAGCCCUACCUCACUCAGAUCGUCUCCACUAUCCUCUGGCGUCUCAACAACAAGAGUGCUAAGGUUCGUCAACAAGCUGCCGACCUCACAACUCGUCUCGCCGUCGUCAUCAAACAAUGCGGUGAAGAUCAACUGCUUAGCAAGCUCGGUUUGGUGCUUUUCGAACAACUUGGUGAGGAGUACCCCGAUACUCUGGGUAGUAUCAUCGCUGCUGAGGGUGCCAUUGCCAAUGUUGUCGGUAUGACACAAAUGAACCCUCCCGUUAAAGAUCUCCUGCCUCGAAUGACUCCAAUUUUGCGUAAUCGACACGAGAAGGUGCAAGAAGCUACUAUCAACUUGAUCGGUCGUAUCGCAGACCGUGGUGCAGAAUUUGUCCCUGCUCGUGAAUGGAUGCGAAUUUGCUUCGAACUCUUGGAUCUCCUCAAAGCCCACAAGAAGGGUAUUCGACGAGCGGCUGUCAAUUCUUUCGGUUACAUCGCAAAGAGUUUGGGUCCUCAAGAUGUAUUGCAAGUGUUGCUCACCAAUUUGCGUGUGCAGGAACGACAAAGUCGUGUGUGCAGUACGGUCGCAAUUGCUAUCGUGGCCGAAACGUGUGGACCUUUCACCUGUAUCCCCGCCAUUCUCAAUGAAUACCGAACCGCUGAACUCAAUGUUCGAACGGGCUGUUUGAAGGCGCUCACGUUCGUGUUCGAAUACGUCGGGCCACAAUCAGCAUACUACGCCGACUCUGUAGUUACCAUGCUGGAGGAUGCGCUCACUGAUCGCGACCUUGUCCAUCGUCAAACGGCCAGUGUCAUUGUUAAGCACUUGGCACUUGGGGUUGCAGGACUCGGAUGCGAAGACUCAAUGUUGCAUCUUAUGAACUUGGUAUGGCCCAACUGUUUCGAGACCUCGCCGCACGUCAUUGGUGCUGUUAUGGAUGCUAUCGAAGCAAUGCGUGUCACCUUAGGUCCUGGUGUGCUUCUCAGCUAUGUCCUUCAAGGACUAUUCCACCCCGCAAGGAAAGUUCGCGAGGUCUACUGGCGAAUCUACAAUUCUCUCUACUUGGGUGCUGCCGACUCCCUUGUACCAUUCUACCCUGAUCUUGGGGAGCUCAGUGAAGGACAGAAUGUCUAUGACCGUCACCCAUUACAGAUGUUCAUAUAGUCACGCUCACCUCGUUUGUUUGUAUUAUCUGACUUAUCAUGUAGUUCCGGUGUACUAUAGUAUAACAAAAUUCCCAUCUACUAAUAUCGGUUUGUACACUGCUGACGCGACCUGCACUGUCCAAGUGGUAUAAUAAAUCAGAAUAUGAGGUAGGUGGUUG